AUGUGCGCUUCUCAUUGGGAAGAAAUAGUUCAUACCAAAGAGAUUUUGGCAGGUCAUCCGUUGGUCACAGGUGGAUGGCGAGGUGUAUUAUACGCCAGGAAUUGCCAGGAACCACACUUGGUACCGGUGCCCUUGAUGAUCGGAAUUGAGGAAAUGAAAUCGACAGAUGAUCUGUAUACAUGCCAAUGGGUCAACGAAUAUGGCAGAGACCUUCCUGCUAUCAUACAGCCAAGGCGCAAUCGGCUGACUAUUCAAAACCAUCCACACAGCAAAUGUGCGCUGCCUUGGACAUUAGAGAUUUGUACAGAAUCAAAGACUACGAGCCUGCAUAACAAUCUGCUGGCAUUACUUGCUCAAAACGGACAGAUUCAUCCACUACUAGAAAAAGCACCAAUCGGAAACAUCUUGGUCCUAAAACAGGGCAAAACAGACGCAAACGAAGUGCAGGAUGUGAAUCGUGCUGACAUUGCGCAGAUUACAGAUGUCAUUGUAAGUAAUCGUUGGAUUGAGGCCUUUGUGACGAAGGCAGAAAAGGAGUAA